CAUUAUCGGACACGCCUCCUCAGACGGGCUCCUGGCGGCUGUCACGCCUCCAUAACCACUCGCUGCAGGUAUUCAUGGGAUGUAUUAAUCGAGUUUGAUCGGUUCCUGUUUGAUCGGUUCGUGUUCCUCCGUUGCGGUGGAGACCAUCAGGACCACACUGAGAUUGACAUGGCGAACCGGACCGAGCCAAAAGCUUUGGACCAAACCAAUCGUCCCGAGGAAGAACCAACAAAGCCCAGCGGCCGCCGUCUCCGCCGCCGCGCUGCUGCAGGCGCUGUCGCUUUAAGUGGGCGGGGCCAGAGACUCACUAGGCUGAACCAGAAGGGGAAAGGGUGGAGUCAGGAGGAGAAGAGGCGUGGUCAAGAGAAUGGGUGGAGCCUUGAAGAUAAGAGGACUGGUCCGGACUAUAAUGAGCGGGAAAGGAGAAAGAAGAGGCGUGGCCAUGGUGCGAGUCUGAGAGAAAGGGGGCGUGGCCAGGAGGAGAAGAAGGAAGGCGUGACGGUGAAGCGGACAUGCAGCGACGGGAGGAGGCGCUGGGAUAAGAAACAUUACUGCGUGUUCUGCCGGCGGCCGCAAGUGAAGAUCGCUCGCCACCUGCUGAGGAAACACGCCGACCAACAGGAAGUGGCGGCCGCCAGCACGCUGCCCACUGGCUCAAAACAACGCCACCUGCUGCUGGAGCACCUGCGCUGCCGCGGAAACUACAUGCACAACAUUGAGGUGAUCAGACAGGGCAGUGGAGAGAUCGUCCCGUGGCGUCAGCCCUCAGAGGAAGUGGAUGCGAGGAACUACCUCCCCUGCCCGCUCUGCCUCGGUUUCUUUCUCCGCGCUGAUCUCUGGAAACAUCAGGCGUCCUGCCGCAAGAAGCUGACCACUGACCACUCAAGAGACCCCGCCUCCACGGCAGACACAACCACAGACCCCUCAAGAGACCCCGCCUCCACAGCAGACACAACCACUGACCCCUCAAGAGACCCCGCCUCCACAGCAGACACAACCAAUGACCACUCAAGAAACCCCGCCUCCACAGCAGACACAACCACUGACCCCUGCAGAGACCCCGCCUCCACAGCAGACACCACGUCUGAUUCCACAGGUAAGUCGGCCUGUGGUCCAGCAGCCAACAGGGCCACAGAGGAUGCACCUUCUGACCCCUUGGGAGAUACAACCGCAACACGCCAGACCGGGACCAAACGGCCAAUGACCUCUGACCCCGGGGUAGAUCAGGAAGUGACCUGUGACCCCGGUGGGGCAGAUCUGCCAAGGAAGCGCAGCAGGGUCCAGGCUGCAGCGUCCCGCCUCCUUCCCAUUUCCAGCGGAGCGUCUGAGAGCUGCAGCGAAGUCCUGCAUCGCAUGAACCAGGACCACGUGUCACACCAGGUCAAGUCUGAUUGGCUGAUCUGUAAAUAUGGAAACAAGUUGAUGGGGAACCAAGAUGGCAGCCAGAGGAGGUACGACUAUGUCAGUCAGAAGCUGCGGGAGCUCGGCAGGUUUGUCCUCGCUGCUAAAUCUCUGGACUCAGGCGUUCAGACCCUGCAGGACCUUCUGGCUCCGAGCCGCCUCAGCAUGGUACUGGCCGCUGCCAGAAAGGCUUCUGGAUACCGCUGGAGUCGCCCUCCGCUGGCCGUGAAAACCACUCUGAAGACGGUUUGUGAGAUCGCCAUUGGAGAGAAUCUGCAGGACGGAGACUGGGAGGCUGCAGCCAAGACCACUGACUUCUAUCAUGUGCUGGGGAGGGAGUGGGACAACUUGGGGCUGCUGGACCCCAACCCCCACACAGCCACUUCAGUAGAAGUUAAGCUGAAGAAACGAUCGGUCCAGUCAGUAAGUGAGAAGGGUAAAGAGCCGUCUGACCCAAGACCAGAGGUUCCAGCACAAAGUAGUAACCGACCGCUGAACUCCAUGAUUCAAAUAGAGUCCACACUGCAGACUCUCAUCACAGUCCCUGCUGCUCCGAGGAAGGUCCGACGUCGGCCCUGGUCGUCUGCAGAGAAGGAGGCAGUCUGGAGACAGUUGGGAGUCCACGUUCUGGUCCAGUCUGUGCCAGGGAAGGAGGUCUGUCAGCGCUGUCUGGACCUGGAGCCGGUCCUAAGAGGGCGACACUGGAAGGACAUCAAGAACCAAGUCCACAACCAGAUCCAGAGUCAAAAGAAGCAGCAGUUCCACGCCCAGAUGGACCUUCAGGACAACCAGGAACCACAAGAGAAAAUCCAAAAUCACAAGAAGCAGUACCAUGCUCAAGCAGACCAACAAGGCACAGACCACAACCAGAAGAAUACCCAGAUGGACCUCCAGGACCAGGACAACAUUCAGAAUCAAAAGAAACAGCAGUACCAUACCCAGAUGGACCUCCAGGACCAGGACAACAUUCAGAAUCCCGAGAAACAACAGUACCAUACCCAAACGAACCUCCAGGACCAGGACAACUUUCAGAAUCUGAAGAAACAGCAGUUCCAGACCCAGAUGGACCUCCAGGACCAGGACAACAUUCGGAAUCACAAGAAACCGCAGUACCAUACCCAGAUGGACCUCCAGGACCAGGACAACAUUCAGAAUCGCAAGAAACAGCAGUACAAUACCCAGAUGAACCUUCAGGACCAGGACAACAUUCAGAAUCUGAAGAAAAAUCAGUACCGCACCCAGAUAGACCUCCAGGACCCGGACAACAUUCGGAAUCACAAGAAACAGCAGUACCAGACCCAGAUGGAUCUUGAAAUUCACAAAAAGCAGCUGUGCCCGGCGAGAUUAGCUCACCAGGACCAAAUUCAGAUCCAUAAAAAGCAGAUGUACCCAAUGGGCGAGCAUCGGGACACUUCAGUUCUGACGGGUCCACAUUAUGGUUCUGAGGGGCCACAUCGAGCACCUGGUCAGUCCCUAGUGGAGCGGGAGCCCGUUCUUAGUCCAUACCAAUUCCCACACAGGACUUUGGGGCCUCACAUGGACCAGCUGCUGUCCAGAUCAGAGUGGACUGACGAGUCUUUGGCCCAACACUACUCAGCCAGCAGGCAGCUGGACAGGAACCUGCCGCCAAAUCCGCAGUCUGGACAUGUCCUCUUCUGAUGGACGAUACUAAUGACCAUGAUGGGUGUAAUGGUUAAGGGUUAGGGUUUGGACUGGAUAGGAGGAUCUGAACAGAGACAGUUACUCAACUAAUGACACUAAAUAUAAAAAAGUACAACCCCUCCUAAAAACCCUCAUAGGGCAUGGGGGUUUGUUCCCCCCUCUAAUCCGACUUUGUCUUCAUAUCUAAUCUAGAGCGGGUAAUGGUCGCGUUGUGAAUUUGUCCCAGUUUGGUUAGGUUUUUAACAACAAUGAAGAGUCUUUUGCCACAACAAACACUUAAAGCAACACUAUGUAACUUUUCCCGCUUCGGCCCCCCUACAGGUCGUCUCAUUGGAACU